GUUCCAAAACAUACAUGCACUAAGUCGAAGGCCUCCUCCAGUGACCUCAGUCAGGGGAUAUACAGUAUAUAGAGUGGGGUCCACUUGAUAGUGGACGCCACUAUUUAGUUGGGAGUAGCAGUUGAAAUGGCAGUGUCUGGGUUAGGGUUAGUGCUAGAAGUAGAAUUUAGAGUCGAGUGAGAUGUGAUGCAAGAGGUUCGUUCAAAGUUUGCUAACUGAAAUCUGUUUUCGAGUGUGUUUGAGUGUGUGUUUGUGUGUGUGUGUGUGUGUGUGUGUGUGUGUGUGUGUGUGUGUGUGUGUGUGUGUGGGUGUGUGUGUGUGUGUGUGUGUGUGUGUGUGUGUGUGUGUGUGUGUGUUUGUGUGUGUGUGUGUCUGUGUGUGUGUCUGUGUGUGUGUGACGCAGGGAGUGGAAAAGAGAAGUGAUUUUUCUCACAGAUGCGGGUAUGAACACAUUCCCUCCCCUCUUUGACAAAGACGUGACUUUUAGCCAAACAGCAUUCAUUUACGCUGCUGCAAAACAUCUGACACCACAGGCUUAAUGCACGAGAGGGAUGAAGACCCAAAAACAUAUACUGCCGAUUUUAACAUGAAUAUGGAUAUGUUAACUAAAUUCACCGCUCCUGCCGCGGAAAAGUUUCGGCAGCUUCAAAAGAUAGUUCAGGACAUCAGGAAAAAAGAUGACAGCUUUCUGAGUAAACUAAGAAGAUUUAAAAACAAGCCGUGUCCAAAGCUACCUGAGAGAGAUUACAGAGAUGAUGACGGGGAUUUUGAUGAUCAGCUCUCUGAACCGGAUUACGGUAAUGACUGUUUGUAUGAGGAUCUGGGUGACGACCAGGAUGCCAGCUACGAGCUGCCUCCCAGCCAAAGAGUCUUCUCCACAACUCCCUCUGCCUCCUUCCCAGGGGGGGGUUACAUUGACAGCUGUCGUAACCGUCCCACCCGGCACCCCAGGAAGCCCCUCCGCCCAGGCAAAGCCUCCAAACAACUGCCCCCUGAACCCACCCCCACUGCGAGUGAUGAGGAAGACUACAUCAGUCCAGACGGCAGUAACGAGGACGACAACUACAUAGAACCUGAAGAGAAUAAACCUGCCUAUCCCAUAAUGCCUUGUAGGCGCAGAAAAGGGAUGGAUCGCCCCAUGUUGCCAACGCCCCCAGAGCAUCAAGAAAGUUCUGAUUUUUACGAAGUUCCAGAGAAAGAGGAGACCUCAUUACCUCAGCCAGUAAGCAGACUGUGUCCAGUGUCUAAGACACAGUCACACCCCUUACCACCCACACCCAGCCCCAGACAGAAGAGGAGUAGAUCUCCGCUUCCUGUCCAGGAGCCUACAGAGGACGAUGAAUAUGAAGUUUGUGAUCCACAUAACUGUUCCAAGGAUCAAGCUGCAGAGGGUCCUCCUCCACCUUUGCCAAAACCUCUGCCCAAAGAGAGGUCACCAAAACCACCUUUAAAGCCGAAGCCGGCUUUAAGACCAAGGCAGUGUGAAAGCCAGACGCUGCCUGUGAUGCAAACCCCAGACCACAGAGUUCCUCCAAAGGCUGGGACACUGGACUUGAUUCGCCCUAAAAUUCCUCUUCCCCUGUUGACCCCCCACAGACCACCACACAGAAGAAUUGUUUCUCCUGAUAAUCGGUCAAAGGUUGAAGAUAAGGAUGCAGACAUGUGCAAGAAGCCCUGGUACGCCGGCGCCUGUGACCGCAGGACUGCUGACGAGGUUCUGCUUCACUCAAAUAAAGACGGGGCGUUUAUGGUGAGGAAGAGCUCCGGUCAUGACGCACAGCAGCCCUACACAUUAGUGGUGUUUUACAGGGGCCGGGUGUACAACAUACCAAUCCGCUUUAUGGCAAACACGCAGCAGUAUGCACUGGGAAGAGAGAAGAAAGGAGAGGAGCAUUUCAGCACCAUCUCCCACAUCAUCGAGAACCACCAGAGGAAUCCUCUGGUGGUGAUCGACGGCCAGAGUAACAGCAAAGACGCCACCAUGCUGUGUUAUCCCAUGAAGCCUUAAGAGGACCCAAGGAUCGGGCUUGUACAUCCCAGCCCGCUGUGUUUACUGUCAGACUGUUUGAAGAAGUGCUGUGUGAUGCCUCUCUCCUCCUCCUCCAUUAAGAUCACAUGGUGCUGGGAGUGUGCACUGGACUUUCCUGCAUUGCUGGUCAUGCAGAGUUGAAAGCAGCACUGACUCAGAAGACAUUUUAACUCAAGUUUUAUUAAGUUUUUUUUUGUAAUGCUCUGUCAGUAAACAGUGUAUCAAAAUGAAUGCAAGGAAUGAGACAGUGUUGCAGUAGCAGAGAGAAGCAGGUAGACACAUAAUUCAAUUACGGCAGCGGAACUUUGGAGAGCCAAAAAGUACAGGGUUGUAUAUUUUUGAUUUCAAUAAAACUCUUACUCUUGUGUUGUAAAACUCAA